AUGGCCGAGAAAGCCAACACAGAACAUCAUACCAACGGCCAACAGCAGUCUCCAGUGGGAAUAUUACCUUCACAGCGCGACGAUGGAAUUGUCAAAUAUAAGAUUAAUGGUGGUCUCCACGCAUGGAUGAACGUGGUUGCCCUGUUCUGUAUCUUUGUGAAUACAUGGGGAAUUCUCACCACCUAUGGGGCGUUUCAGGAAUAUUAUCAAACAGUACUUUUGUCUGACCAAUCACCGUCAGCGAUUUCCUGGGUUGGAAGUAUUCAAGCAACCUUGAUCCCGAUGGUUGGUAUCGUUUCGGGUCCAUUGGUUGAUUCGGGGUACCUGCGUCCGCUGAUGGUGAUUGGGAGUUUCCUCACAGUGUUGGGGUUGAUGAUGACAAGUCUAGCAACCGAGUACUACCAGAUACUCUUAGCACAGGGCUUCUGUAUUGGGCUAGGUGGUGGCAUCUCCUAUAUUCCAGCCUUAGCAGUAGUUUCGACGAGCUUUACUACUAAGCGACCCAUUGCAAUUGGUUGCGCCUCGAUUGGCUCCAGCGUUGGCGCUGUCAUAUUCCCUGUGAUAUUCCGACAGCUCCAGCCAAAGAUUGGUUUCCCAUGGGCAGUGCGCUGCAUAGGGUUCGUAAGCCUUUUGAUGGCCAUCAUUGCAUGUUCCAUUCUAUGUCGUCAACCAGGACAAAAAUCACGGGCACGCAGCAUUGUCGACUGGUCAGCUUUCCGCGAGCCAUCAUUCAUGCUGUUUUCUCUGUCACUUACCUGCGUCAUGCUCGCAUACUACGUUCCGAUAUUUUACGUUGCAUCCUACGGCCGAACAGUGAUAAACACAACUACAAGUCUCUCAUUCUAUAUGGUGGCCAUCGUCAACGGAUCUUCUGUCGUCGGGCGUGUUGUGCCCAACUUGCUUGUCGGUUAUGUGAAGCCCAUUGCCAUGUUAAUAUUUUCUGUCACGGCCUCAGCCAUUGCCAUGUUUACAUGGAUUGCGACAUCGAAUACCCCUGGUUUUAUUGUUUGGGCUUGUUACUGGGGUAUUUUAAGUGGUGUUCUUGUGACAGCACCCUCCUCGAUCGUUGCACACCCGGUAUUCUGUCCCAACCCAAACUAUAUGGGCACUCGAUUGGGAAUGAUGUGGGGGAUUUCGUCAUUCGGUGCAUUAGCAGGGACGCCAAUCGCAGGUGCAUUAGUCAAUCUUGACACGGGUUCCUUUCUUCAAGCCCAGGUAUUUGCUGGGUGUGUGAUGAUAGGAGCUAUGCUGAUGCAGUGGUGGCCAGCAUUGAAAGUGUUCCAAUACGACCGGGCUCGCCCUCAUUGA